AUGGCUGCCGUGUCAGCUGAGCAGUUUGCAGCCCUCCAGCUUCUGCUCAAGGCUUCCUCGAAAGAUGUUGUUAGACAGCUGUGUCAGGAGAGCUUUUCCAGAUCGUCCCUGAGCUCAGAAAAACUCCUGGAUAGUACGUGCUCCAGCCUGUCCGUGACCCAGGAAGAGGCAGGUCAGCUGCUCCAGGCUCUGCACUGCCUCACGAGGCUGGCCGUGUUCCGGGACCUGUCCUCCGCCGAGGCUCUCCUGGCUGUCUUUCCUGAAAACUUCCACCAAAACCUCAAAAACCUGCUGACCAAAAUCAUCCUAGAACACAUAUCUACGUGGAGAACUGAAGCCCAGGCAAAUCAGAUCUCUCUGCCACGCCUGGUCGACUUGGACUGGAGAGUGGAUAUCAAAACCUCCUCAGACAGCAUCAGUCGCAUGGCGGUGCCCACCUGCCUUCUCCAGAUGAAGAUUCAAGGUGAUCCAAGCCGGUGUGGGGGGGAACCUUCCACCUCAGCUGUCACCAUGGAGCUGAGCAGAGAAAUGCUGGACACUAUGCUUAAUGGGCUGGGCCGCAUCCGAGACCAGCUCUCCGCUGUCGCCAGCAAGUGA